GCCAAAGUUCAUCGUGAAAAUCAUGACCCUCGCGCUGUACAACAAUGUACACUCUUGAGCAUCAAAACUGGGGGUUGUUCAGAGGAUUGUUCUUACUGUCCCCAGUCUUCUAGAUACAAAACGUCCGUGAAAGCACAAAAAUUAAUGGACACAGAUGAAGUUCUUGUGGCGGCAAGAAAGGCUAAAGAAGCUGGAAGCACAAGGCUAGUACAGGGAUUGCUUCUGUUAGAAUCGUUCUGCAUGGGUGCGGCUUGGCGAGACCUCCAUGGACGCAAAUCAAAUUUCAACAAAAUAUUGGGAUAUGUUAAGGAAAUAAGGUCUAUGGACAUGGAAGUAUGUUGCACUUUGGGCAUGUUAGAUGCCGGACAAGCCAAAGCACUCAAAGAAGCGGGCUUAACCGCGUACAACCAUAAUCUUGAUACUUCUCGUGAAUAUUAUCCAAAGAUCAUAACUACUCGUUCAUACGAUGAGCGUCUAACGACAAUCGCUAAUGUCCGCGAAGCAGGCAUUCACGUAUGCUCUGGGGGAAUUAUUGGUUUGGGCGAAACGCCAGAAGACCGCAUCAGCAUGUUACAUACGUUAUCAACAAUGCCGAAGCAUCCCGAGUCGGUUCCGAUCAAUGCGUUAUUGGCUGUAGAGGGUACUCCCCUAGAGAAACAAGAGCCUGUUUCCAUUUGGGAGAUGGUUCGAAUGAUUGCUACAGCAAGAAUAAUCAUGCCAAAAUCAAUGGUUCGGCUUUCUGCUGGACGUGUGCGGUUUUCUCAACCCGAGCAGGCCUUGUGUUUCUUUGCAGGUGCAAAUUCUAUUUUCACUGGUGAUACUCUUUUGACGACUCCGAACAAUGCCUUCAACGAAGAUCAAGAAAUGUUUAGAAUACUUGGUCUUGUUGCCAAGCCAGCAAAUCUUGGAGAAAACGAGUCCAGUUUACCAAUAGAAGAAAAGACCGUAGUGAAUUCUAGCAGCGUAUCAAUUUGA